CUCGAGUUUACUGAGUCGAUUCCACAAGUCUUGUAUAAAAGUACAUACGUACCUCACCCGCGACGAGCCGACGAGCCCUAGCCUUUUCGGUUCCUCUGCCUUCGCCGUCGGCCAAGAGCGGAGCUUCUGCUUCAUCGCCCCUCUGGAAGCACAAGGCAAAGACAGAGCUUCAUCACUUUUACUCUUUGCUUAUCCUGCUUAGAAUACAAGAAAUGGUGGUUGGAUUGCUCAAUGCUAAUCCCAUAGUUUAUAAAAAGAAAGAACGGCGGGCUCGCAAUGUGCCAACCGUCAUAGAUGAGUAUGCAGUGGAGCCGAUUGAUGAACAAGAAAUUUUUGACUAUAUAAGAGAUAUAAAGGACCCAGAACAUCCAUAUUCGUUGGAAGAGUUGAAAGUGGUAACAGAGGACUCGAUUGAAGCCAAUGAUAAGCAGAGUUAUGUUAGGGUCACUUUUACUCCAACAAUUGAGCAUUGUAGUAUGGCUACGCUUAUUGGACUUUGCCUUCGUGUAAAGCUUAUGCGCAGUCUUCCUUCUCGUUACAAGGUGGAUAUCAGGGUGGCUCCAGGAAGACAUGCAACUGAAGCUGAAGUGAAUAAGCAGUUAAACGAUAAAGAACGAGUAGCGGCAGCUCUGGAGAAUCCCAACUUAUUGGAAUUGGUUGACUCAUGCUUAGAGUCGACGUAUGCGUGAUCCAUCAGAAACAUGGGAUACACGUUUUCUUUGUUGUUAUUGGUGUUUGCCUGUCAAAGGAGUUCAAAUUUGAUGAACUUUAGAAGUGACAUUUUCACGCCCCUUGGAAGAAUGCAUGAAUCCCUUGUGUGUACA